CAGACCAUUCAGAAGUUACGAAGUAUGAACAAUCGUUUCGUGAAACUUUUAAACUUUUCAUUACUUUGAAAGACAUGGAUAAUUUAGUAGUUUUUACGGUCAGUAAGGUAUUUUUCAAUACCAAAAAUAAAUCGUUGUGCUAAAAUGUUCCUUUGGAGAAGUUAGCUUUUUUGACGCCCUCGGCUUUCUCUUGACGGACAAUGACUGCAUUACCAAACAAUGUGGUAAAGUCUCUGAAAGAUCUUAAGAAAGUGGACUACAGCAAGUGGGAGCGUCGCGGCAAGGACAGGGAUGCCUCAAAAGACCAGAGAGAUGCUCCGUGGGAGGUCUUGCACCCCCGCCCCCACAUCACCAAACCCCCUCAGGAAAAAGUCAUUGAGGGCAAACCCAGGCAGAAGACCCGACCUGCCGCAGGCUUCAAGGAGUCGGAGACCCUGCCCUCCGGCCGGUCUUGGCGCCGGAGGAGUGGCGCUGUAGACCAGCUCGACCCAGCCUCUUUGAGGAGGAAAGACAAUAUCAAAACCCUCAAGAUGUUGAUCUGUGCUCGUCAGAGGGCUAUUGAAGAGCUGGAGAAACACUGCUCCACCCUGCAGCUCAGCAAUGCCCUCGCCGCGUCACACAUACGGAACAUCGACAGCCAAUCAGUAACCAGCGCACAAGACCUCCUGAUCCGCUACGAGAAACUUGGGAGUUCCAUAGCUGCGUUUAACGGCUGGAGCCACAGUCAGAUCAGCCAGGCACAGGGAGAGCUGAGGGACGUGGAGAACCAUGGCAACGCACUCUUACAAGGUCUCCAGAAUCAGCUGACAGGAGUGAAGAGUAAGCUGCUGAGGGCCCAAGCAGAGCUGCACACUCUGAAGACGUACAAGGACAAGGAGUACCCAGUGAAGGCUCUGCUCAUCGCCGACAUGAAGAGAGAGAUCAUCAAGCUCAAGGACGCCCAGCAGGACGAACAGGAAGACGUGAGUGUGCUGUGUCAGACGGAGAUGCAGAACCUGCAGGGGCAAACCAAACGCAGCGAGGACGAGGUGCUGAGGGCUGUAGCCAAGAAGCACAUGCUUAAUGUUCCCUCUGUGGUCAAAGUGAUGGCCACUCACAACUCCACCAUGAAGAAAGAGUUAGAAAUACACAAACAGGAGAUAGCCCUGCUGGAGAGCUCCACCUCCAGCCUGCUCCAGAGUGUCCAGGAGCUCCAGCACUCCCCCUCCAGCAGGCGGCUCCUCUUCCCACACCUCUUCCCCUCAGCAGACAGGUGCCUCCCAGACACGGACGUGUGUCUUAACAUUCCCCAGGAGAAGUGGCUUCCCAUUUAGACGUGUGAACAGGGGACAGUUUCUGAGAGAGAGCGUGGAACAGGAAAUGACUUAGUUCCACGUGACAUAUGGU